AACCACACCAAGUAGCCACAUCGCGCUUAGCUGGGUUCCAAGAGAGCUAGCUACCAGGUAAGUAGUGACUAACGGUCACGAGCGCGCGCCCAUGGCUUCCACGUCGACGAGCUUCGUGGCCAUGGCGCUCGUCAUGGCCGUCAUGCUCAGCACCUGCCAUUCUGCGCGCCUCCUCGCCGACGUUCUGGCCUUGCCCACACCGAUGCUGCCCCCCGUGCCGGUCGUCCCUACAGUCCCCGCCGUGCCAGGCGGCGUCGUUCCUACGGUGCCCACCGUGCUGAACGUGCCGAUGGUUCCCACCGUGCCAGGUGUCCCGACGGUGCCAACAGUUCCCAUCGUGCCCGGCGUGCCGACGGUGCCCACCGUGCCAGGCGUGCCGACGGUACCAGUACCUGGCGCCGUCGUACCGACCAUCCCGGCGGUUCCCACCGUGCCAGGCGUGCCGACUGUGCCGGUACCUGGCGCCGUCGUGCCGACAGUACCCACUGCGCCGAGCGUGCCGACGAUUCCCACGGUGCCAGGCGUUCCGACGUUGCCUAUGCCGUCCGUUCCCGACGUACCUAACGUGCCGCUGCCGCCGAUGCCGUCCAUCCCCGACCUGCCCAAGGUGCCACUGCCACCGAUGUCGUCCGUCCCUGGCAUGCCCAAGGUGCCAGUGCCGCCGGUGCCGUUUGUUCCCGGUGUGCCGGCCGUGCCAUAGUUCAUUGCACCUCCACCGUCGACGCACUAGACGUACGUGCGUACGUGCCUACAUGUAAUUAAACUUUAACGUUCCAACCAUAUGGUUACUUUAACUUGGUAAUAUUCGUUUGAGCAGCACUUGUGUCUACGUGCAAGUAAAAAAGAAAGAAGUACCCACGUGUGUACGUGUGUGGUAUAUCUUUACGAUGGGUGCGUGUGGUGUGGAACUGUGGAUGUGUGUAAUGUAUGCUUGUACGUUUAUGUGGUGCAAGACAUUGUUUGUGUAGGCAAAGGGGUAUUGCUCCAUGUAUACGUGUGCCACUGUAUAAUAUUAUUUUCAUUUGUAUCAAUAUAUACACUAUUCAUGUAGAUAUAAGCUUGAGUAGUUUGGCUUUACGUGUAUGUAUCUCAGAUUGAAAAGCAUAUGUGACCCUAGAGAUAGCUUUCAAAUUAUCCCAAUAUUAUACAAAUUUGUUUUUGGGGUACAAUAUAUAAUGUUCAUAUGCUUUAUAUGAGUUGUGCUGAAGAAUAGUACCGGAUGGAGUGGGGCGUUUUGGUGACCGGGCUCCAUGGAGCCUGAAAUUUUUGAAAAA